GCUCAAACAUAACCACUGCAUUGAACGGAGUAAUCCAGUCGGCGGUGCGUUCGGCUGGGUAACGGAUCGCGUAUUGUCAUGGCUGCUGGAGCUUUUUGUUCUUGAAGGAAGUAUCUAGGAUAGAUACAAUGCUGUAUUCAAUCCGUGUGCUGUCAAAAAGAGCAUUUGGCGCUCAGACUCGGUGUUGGCGCUUCGGGAAUAACCGUACGGCGAGCACCUUGGCUUGAGUCGAUCGAUCUGAGAGCAAGGGGGUGGGGCAUAACCCUCAGGUGCGUCUAGGGUGUUGGUUGGAAGUGACACUCGGCUUCAAACAGCGUUCUUUGCAAGACUGUAUAGCUUGUAUGAACCGGUGGAUCUAGCAGAUUUCAAGUUAGUGACAACACUGAUCGGGUUUCAAAAUGGCGAGCGGCGAGGAUAGAAACACUGAAAACAGUGUUGUCCGCUACAACACGACCAAUGACCCCGAAGCCGUGCACGUGGAUCUUCAAUCGCCGGCCAAAAACCGAUACAAGGGCACCCCCCUGAGCCCUAAGCAGAACACCCCCAUCGUCCUGUUCGAGAGAGCGUCAGGAAGCUGGUGGAACCCGACUUUUGAUUCCAAGAUUCUUGAAGACCAGCUCUGGAGUUGCUACUUGCCACAAACGCGGAGACGGUUCCAAUAUGCUCUAUUCUACAUCGUGACAGCAUGCUUAGCAUGGCUCAUAUUCUUCGGCCUGUCCAAGGAACAGAACUGGAUGUAUUUCCUUGGCGGCACAGGCUGCCUGCUUUCUGUGACUGUGCUCAUCAUUGGAUUUACAAAGAUCCCAUUAUAUGAACGGUUUUAUAUGCCUACUUCUAUAGUCUUUGUGCUUUUCCUAAUGGCCUUGAUCCUCUGUCCUUUUGCCUUUAAGUCCUCCUCAGAUCUAUCCACAAUUGGGUCUUUUUCAGGAUCUGUGGAAAUUCUUCUAAUGAUAUACACCUUCAUACCCAUGCCACUGUUUGCUGCAGUUUUGAUAGGUAUUUUCUAUUCCAUUGUGUAUGAAAUCUUGGUAGCACUUACGAUAACAGGAAUGCAAGAAGCUACAUUCAUUAUCGGGAAAAUUUUGCUCCAUUUUUGUAUCCAUUUGAUAGGGAUCCAUAUAUUCAUAAUGUCGCAAGUUCGUCGUCGUAGCACUUUUUGGAAGAUUGGACAGUCGGUGAUGUCUCGUCGAGAUCUGCAAGUUGAGAAACAGCUGAAGGAAAAGAUGAUCCAUUCCCUUAUGCCGCCGUCAGUUGCUGAAGCUGUGAUGAAGUCACGUGACAAAGAUGAAGACGAUCCAGAUCAUAAGAAUAGAAAACAGGAACCCGACAAAGGCAAAAUCCGAUUCAGGCCAUUUAACAUGAACCAGCUUGAGAACGUUAGUAUCCUCUUUGCAGACAUAGUCGGCUUUACAAAAAUGAGUUCCAAUAAGACUGCCGAGCAUUUGGUGAGUCUCCUGAAUGACCUGUUUGGAAGAUUUGACAAGCUGUGUACUAACUGUGGAUGUGAGAAGAUCAGCACCCUUGGUGACUGUUACUACUGCGUGUCGGGGUGCCCUGAGCCACGCCCAGACCAUGCCAUAUGCUGUGUGGAGAUGGGACUCGGGAUGAUUAAACUGAUCAAGGAGUUUGACGAGGACAACCAAGAGGAGGUUAACAUGAGGGUGGGAGUUCACACCGGAACCGUACUCUGUGGAAUUGUCGGAACAAGAAGGUUCAAGUUUGAUGUGUGGUCCAAUGAUGUCACUCUUGCCAAUACCAUGGAGUCGUCUGGCCGACCGGGAACUGUUCACAUAUCAGAGAUGACAUACAAGUUUUUGAAGGAUCUUUAUGAUGUGGAGGAGGGAGAAGUGGUUGAAGAUCUGAACACCAACAAGACGUUGAUCGAGCACUAUGACAUCACCAAGUCCAGCUUCACCAUCCGACACACAGAGGACUUCAAUGAUAUCCGAACAUACUUCAUCCUGGGGCCAAAGAAGAAGGAAGGGACAAGCCCCGAGGCGGAAACUGCUCAGACGUCCAACAGCACCGUCAUUCCGAUAGAAGAUGGCAGCACCCAGGAGGCAGAAAAGGCCAAGCCAGCAGCCGACCCAGCCUCAGGGGGAGACAACUCUGUUACAGCCACAUCCAACCACCCAGACAGGGAGGCACCAGAAAUUAACGGAGUGACGCCAGCCGCCUUGCUCGGCCGCAGACACAGUAGCGGCUUCUUUGCCAGCACAACCUCGGUGGACCGUAUUCCUGAAGAAGGUAAAUCGUUUAACCAAACCAGUCUCUCUCGCCUGUUUUGCUGUGUAGACUCGCGUUCAUCAACAUCUGAUCAUGUGACUAAACCCUGCCGACCUUCCACAUCCCAUCUAAACAAUAACGUUACCUGUGCUUCUAAAUCAUCUCCUCAGACCUCAGAUGGCAAACCAGGCAAUCUCGGAACAGUCAAAGGGGUGCAUGAAAAUGGUAUCGGCCGGGCAUUUUCAGCUGACUUUAUUAUGUAUGUGGAUGACCCUAGCACGACACCCAUGAACGAGACCUGGACAAAAAUGCGCCGCAUCCGUGACCAAAACGAUAAGCAGAUCAUUAAAUGCCUGCAACGAGAUGUGACGAACAAGGAAUUCUUCUACCAGCCACCAAUCAACAAGUGUACGAUGAGCUUCAACCAGAGCGUGUUGGAGGAAGACUACCGGGACCAUUACCUUGAGAGCCAGCUGUUCCGGGACGAGGCCACGGCAUCCCCACGCUACCACUCGCUCCUGGAGGUCAUCGUGUCUCUCAUCGUCUUCACCAUCAUCUCAAUCUGUUGCUUUAUCAUGUUUGCGCGCCAGUUGCCAUGGAUCAUCGUGUUCUGCAUCGCUCUGGUCAUCGAGAUCCUGGUCCUCGUCCAAGUGAUGAUCAGCCAGGAGAAGGCCGAAAAGUUUGAGAAAAUCAUGCAGUUAGUGUCCGGCUGGUACUGCCGAAAUGUCCUUGGAGCCCUUGUAGCAAGUCUGCCUGCUGUUGCUGUCUAUUCCAACUUAUCAUGUGACGUGAUUCAUGACCAGAGGGACAGGGACUAUUUCCUAUGUUUCUGUGUCAUCGUGUCCCUUCUUCACUUCUGUAACUUCACCAUGUUGAGUUCGUGGCUGAAGUCUAUUGUAGCAGCUAUAGCUGGCACCAUUCUUCUAAUCCUCCUCAACAUCGAACUAUGUCCGCGUCAAGCUGAUUUUAACCUCUCAGCCACAUACAACGCAAGCGUCACGCCCUCCAACCUCACCGUGAACAUGCCCUUCGCUUUGGGAAACGAUACUGAUCGUCGCCUCUUCACAGGACAAAGCCACAUCCGUUAUGAGAUUAUCUUGGAUAUGAUUCUUCUGCUUCUACUCAUCCUGUUCAUGAAUCGAGAAUUUGAGAUCAGCUACCGCCUGAGCUUCUACGGCAGUGCUCAGGCAGAUCGGGAUCAGAAGCAGAUGCUUGACAACAAGGAUCAAGCCGAUUGGCUGCUUCACAAUAUUAUCCCACAGCACAUCUCCGACAUCGUCAAGAAAACAUCCAAAUACUCCAAGAACCAUAAAGACUGUGGUGUCAUCUUUGCCGCCAUUGUCAACUUCAAUGAGUUUUACGAUGAGUCGUAUGAAGGAGGAAGGGAAUAUCUGCGGGUGCUCAACGAGUUGGUCAGUGAUUACGAGGUACUUCUCGAUCUGCCGCAGUACAAGGAUGUAGAGAAGAUCAAGACCAUCAGUAGCACUUUCAUGGCCGCAUCGGGACUGAAUGAACAGAGUCGGGCACAGAACGAAGAUCCCAAAGCACAUCUGUACGCUCUGCUGUGCUUUGCCAUUGAGCUGCAAAAUGUGAUAACACGAUUUAACGAGUGUAUCUUCAAUUUUGAAUUCAUCCUGAACAUUGGUUUUAAUUAUGGGGAGGUUACUGCAGGAGUUAUUGGAACAACUAAAUUGUUAUAUGACAUUUGGGGCGACACAGUCAAUAUCGCUAGUAGAAUGUAUUCUACCGGGAUGGCAAACAGAAUACAAGUGCCGGAAUCGACAGCUAAUUACUUAGGGGAUAUGUUCGAGUUUGAAUACCGCGAUGAGAUCACAGUCAAAGGCAAGGGACAGAUGAAGACGUAUCUUGUUGUUAAGAAGAAGGAUACAGCGGAAUGGAAAUGAGAAGGUGUCAUGCCAACAUUAUCCCGAUAGUUCCUUGGGUAUGUAAUGGUUGCUUGUGCUGUUGAUAUUAUAAAUUAUGAAGAAGAUCUUAAUGAUGUUGACACUAACAAAUAUUAAAAUACAAGCAAGACUGUUGCUUUCCCGAUAAUGUUCACCAACUGAUUAUAUUGGAUCUUGCCACUCUAUACAGUCAUGCUUCAAUAGAAUAACUAUGUGAUUAGUGGUAUUGAUACAAGGGUAUCAUUCUGUAUGAGGUGCUCCACUGACUUCACAUUCACACUGACUAUGUGAGAGGAGGAUGGAGAUCGUGAGACCCUCCUCUGCCACCGAAUGUCACGAUCCAUAUAGAAGGAGUUUCUUCCAAUAUCUCCUCUGAAAUGUGCUGGUGACAAGCUUAGGGAACCAAAACAUUAAAACGACGAAGACAGACGUCAUGAGUAGACAAUGGAACAAUUUAAACAUGGACAAUGUAGAGAAGUAUUGGUGGAUGGUGCCAUAUCGGCAUCACUUCUUUGACACUUGGGAAAUUGUAGGAUUCUUCUGAAAUGAAUUACACAGGUUCCAACCAUGUAAAAUGUAGAUCUAGAAAAAGAAGCUUGCCCGUGAUCCACACAUUAACUACAGUGUUUGUGACAGCAUUUCUAAUCCUCAAGGAACAAGAUAAGGUGUCUUUGUCUAUCUACUCAAGUAUUCUUGCCACACAAGUGGAAGGUGUGUAUAUUGUUGUGUGUAUUCAACAGACUGACACAAGCCUGGAAAUGGUCGUCAGUUCAAUAACUGUCACCUUCCUUGAUAUUUUGUCAGGAUAUGAGCUCAAAGUACAUGUCAAUUUCGUCAUUUAAUUUCAUGAAACACUUUUUACACAAUUACCACCAUGUUUCAUUUUCUCCAUAAUACCAGACUGAGGCUGGGCUUGCCAGAUUGAGGCUGGGUGAUACCAGACUGAGGCUAGACAUCAGAUUGAGGCUGGAUAAUAUCAGACUGAGACUGGGCAUUACUAAAUUGAGGCUGGGUGAUACCGGUCUGUACAGUCCAGUUUCACUGCUGGACAGAACUGUAUUUACUUGGAGGAAGGAUCUUAUCUAGGAAGUCCUAGUUAAACUGGCAGAAUAGAUGUUCCUGCAUCAGUAUCUGUUGGUGAAUUACCUGCAUAAUUACUUCUCUGAAUCCAGUUUUACUUGACAAUGAAUGAAUUCUCUUACCUUUGUGUAAAAGAGGAGAUAUUUCAAGACAGAUGCCUGGACUCUGUUGUGAUCUUUAUACAUGUAUUGCAUUUAUCAUGCUUACAAAAGUCAUGUUUUCAUACCUCAACAUCUAUUUCCAUGUUAAACUGACAAUGUAGUCGGCAAAUACAGUCAAGUCCCGUUAAUCCGACAUGGUUGGUUGCAUAUGAUUAUGUCGGAUUAACGAGUAUGUAGGAUAAACGAAAUUAAGUAUCAACGUAUGGAUCGAAAAUCGGACUACACGAUAGAUAACGAUACAAACACUAAUUGUUCAUAAAUUGUUUAUUGUUCAGCAAGUUUAUCUUUACAGCCGUUGUUAUAUGCAGCUACCAGCCGACUCGUCUCGCAUCAAAACCGAGCUGUGUACUCACGGGCAGAUGACCAUGGAGUACGCUGAUCACUGUGUCGGAUUAACGAGACUGAUUAAUGAGUAAUUUCAGUAAUUCGUUGCAAAUUAGGUGUGUCGGAGUGCGAGACUGUCGGAUUAACGGGUCUAAAUAGCACUGAUUUAAUCGGUUCCCAUCAUUAGUGUCGGAUAAGGCCGAUUGUCGGAUUAACGAGUGUUGGAUUAACGAGGCUUGACUGUAUAUAUAUGAAGUAAACUUCUGUUACAUUUGUCAUAUAAAAUAUGUAUUCAAAAGGUACUUUCCUGAAGUAUUUCUUUAUGAAUAGGGCUAGAUUUGAUUUUGAGGGGACAUAUACACAAUUUGCUAUUACUGGUACUGUCUUUGAGAGGUAUUAACCUUGAUAAUUAAAAAGGUAGAUCAUUAUUUGUAUCCGAGGUAAAAUAAUACAUGUAUUGUGAAAUACUGUUCUGUGACAGACCGACUUCUAUCAUGUUCUCCUUUGGUGAAGAAUUUAUGAAAACAAUGGCUGUUCUGCAGAAUUUAUUUACACCUGCUCAGAGGCCGAUAUUCCAAUAAGUCUGAAUAAAAUAUCAGUAGUAGUUCCCAAAUUGGAAUUAAAAAAAUUGACAUGUCAGUUAUUAUAGUAUAUUAAUGUUAUGGCUUUGCAGAGGCGACCUGCAUUUCACUGAAUACAGGACCAAAAGACAAGAAGAUGCAUUAAUGUUUAGUUUUACAUUUUUGCAUUGAAUGAAAUAUUAAAAUAACCCUGAAUUUACAAGAAUAAUGACAUUUUAGGAAAAUCCUAAUUUUGAACAAAUAACAUUUUUUCCAUAAUUUCUUUGCUAAAGGUACAUAGUUAGUAAUCCUAGAUAAAUCCCUGUUCUUUUAACAUGGCUUUCGACUUUUUGUUCCCUAUGUCUGUACAUGUAUUUGGGGAAGUUAACUGAAAAUACAGGGUAGAAGUGUAUGCAAGAUCAGGAAGAUGAUCAGAAGGGUCAUUGUUACAUGUAUUCUUUCUACCUAAGGGGGCACGGGUGGCCCAGUCGUCUAAGGCGUCGUGAUUUGCUGUGCAGAGUUGCGUCCCUUGGGCACGCCAGACACCUUUUAGGUUUGUCAGCACCAUACCCGUGCUCGUGGGUUUCACAA